GUAUCGGAUGAGUCGAGAACGUUUUGUCAUUAAUAUUGCACAUAUACUAAAAUUGUAGCUAAGAUUUCAUUAUAUCAUUUCUGUUUCGAAUCCAUGAGUAGCUUCUGUUGUGAUUCGACGCGACGACCGAUGUUAGCGUUUCGCGGCAGACACAGUUACAGUUGGUCGGCACUCGGCAGUUGAAUUCAGAAUGUUUUAUUGUUGAGUUGUGUUGCGUGGUUACCAAAGUUUGCUAUCAUUCACAAAAGAAAAUAUCCAAAAUAAUUGAAUUUGAAUAAGUUAUAAACUUUAAAAAUACCUCCAUUCUACCAAAAGAGUUUCUUAACACAGAAGUUGGAUACAUUCUUGGUUUUAAGAAACGUUUAAUCUUUAAAAGAACAAUUUUGGUCAAUUUACGACAUUUGUAGUUGGAAAUAUGAUGAAUAAUGAAUCUGAGAUGAAAUCAAUGGAUGCAAAUCGAUAUGCAACUAAGAAAACUAUUGCUCAGGGGAUGCUGGAUAUAGCUUUGCUUACAGCAAAUGCAUCCCAACUAAAAUACAUUCUUCAAGUAGGAGAACAACAUCAAUUCUACAAAUUAAUGUUGAUUUUGAUAAGCCUAUCAAUAUUUUUACAGCUCCUGGUUGGUAUUUUCUUUGUCAUCAUUGGAAGUUUGAAUAUCAACAGAAAAAAUGAACAAACAGCUGCUAUUAUUAUGAAUGAUGUCAUAUUGGUCACAAUAUUUAUAAUUUCUAUUGUUAAUGUAAUUAUAUCUGGUUUCGGAAUGGAAUACUCAUCACAACCACUGCGGCUAAUUGAUCGUGGUGAAAAAGAGCCAUAAAAGUUUAAAACAUAAAUUAAAAAAAAAACAUGAUAAGUUUUAUGCAACAAUGCACUUUCAGCAACAUAAAAAAGUAUAUAUGGUUUUGAAAUUUAACGUGAAUAAAAUUUGAAGUAUACGUACAUUGUACGUGUCGUAUGACAGUUCUUGACAGUUAACUAGCCAAUCAAUUUCAUUGUCAGACGUAAUUGCACAUAAAUUAAACCCUGUUCUUACUCCUCAUUAAAAUGAUUUUUCCUUGUUUCUGUUACAAACUUAAUUUGAAACUUAAGAAAAAAACUGUAAACUAAUAAUUUUUAGAAAGAAUUUUAAAAAUAAAGUGAGUCUAUUUUUAAAAAAUUA